ACUGCCCCAGGCAAACAGCAUUGGAACAGCUAAACUAUCACUUCCCCAGCCAGAAAGAGUCAGCAGCAGCCAGUGUAGGAGAGUAGGGAAAAGCAGGACACAGCUUGGGGGGGGAGCAGGAGAAGAAGAAGAGAGAGCAAACUUGGAUGAAAAAAAAAAGAAGAAGAAGGAGGGGAAGAGUCUGGGAGGACAAAGGCGGCUCAGCAAAGUUUUGAAGUUGAAGAACUAAUAAAAGGUGUGAAGCAAGGAGGCGAAAAGUUAACUUCAAGGAGUCAGAGAGGAAGAGAAGAAGUCAGGACGUCACUCAUCUGGAUGUCAUUUGAUUAUUUUGGGGCCCUUCACAGACCUGGGACAGACGAAUUUGCAACAUGUAUUAUCUCCUCUUCGCACGGACUGUCCUGCUUAGCACGGCUAUCACCGUCCUCGCUGAAGGCUGCCCAGACGGCUGCCAAUGCAACCAGCCGUUUACCAUCUUCUGCAUGAACCGCAAGAGCCCCAGCUUUCCCCGCACCAUACCCCAGAACACCAUCAGCCUGUACCUCUUUGAAAAUGGCAUCAGUUUGGUGGAGGAAAGCAGCUUCUCCGGCCUGUGGGACCUGCAGCUAUUAGACCUGUCUCAUAACAAGCUGUCUAAGCUACCCGGAGGGGUCUUCAAAAGCCUGGCAAACCUCAGCAAUCUAGACCUUUCAUCCAACCAGAUUACCGAGAUCUCUGCAGAGACCUUUCAGGGGCUGGGCCGACUGGAGAGAUUAUACCUCAGCGAGAACCACAUUCGCAGCAUUCACCCAGAUGCCUUCAGGGGCCUUGAGAACCUACUGGAGCUCAAGUUGACAAAAAACCAAUUGGUUGUCCCUCCAGCCUUCUCCCUCCCCUACCUCCUGCUCCUGGAACUGAGCUAUAACGCUAUCCCUGCCAUUCAUCCUGGAGCAUUCCAUGCCAGCAAUAUUGAGACUCUACGGUUGGCUGGUUUAGGUUUGAAAGAGGUACCAACAGAUCUUCUCAAUGGCCUUAAGAAUCUUCAUGAACUGGACCUAUCGGACAAUCAGCUCAGCAAGGUGCCUGCUGGUCUACGUGGCUUAACCAAACUCAAUCUUGCCGGCAACACUGCAAUUUCUCAGCUUCAAACUGAAGACUUUUCUGGCCUUACUGGAUUACAAGAUUUAGACUUAAGUGGGUUAAGCCUACGCACUUUGCCAAAGGGUCUAUUCCAAUUUUCAUCACGCCUCCGUGGGGUGAGCCUGGCACAAAAUCCUUUCAAUUGUGUGUGCCUGUUAAGCUGGCUAACAGAUUGGCUGAGGGUCAGCGGGGUUGCCCUUCUGCGCUCAGAUGAAACGCGCUGCCACUUCCCUCCCAAAAACGCUGGCAAAAUCUUGCGUAAUCUACAGACCUCUGAAUUCGGAUGCCCUGUACCAACAACGGUCUUUGUGCCAACGACCGUAGCGCCUAGCAGUACAGCUGCACCAACUACAACCACCAAUCCUAGGCCAACACAUAUUCCGACCACUGUCACUACCACCACGCUUUCACCGUAUCACCCAAUAGAUGAGGAACUUGCUCCACCCACUCUAUAUGAUCAACUGUGUCCCCCUCAAACUUGCUUAAACGGUGGCUUCUGCCGCUUGGAUUCACUCGGGGAACUGGAAUGCGACUGUCCAACUGGAUUCUACGGGAUGUACUGCGAGAUGUUAUCGCUAACCCCUGUAGUUUUUCCGGAGCAACCCUCGAUGCAGCUGCAAGUCCUUGAAGUGACUAGCAGUUCCCUCAAAGUGGACCUACAAAGCUAUAUCCAAAGUAAGAAACAUAUUCCAGGACUUAGGCUGACGGUCCAAAAUCUCUCUGGACCAGACAAUCGGCCAUUUAUCUACCAGCUGCCGCCAACACUCCAGCACUACACACUGAUGGAUCUGACUGCUAACAGCACUUACAAACUCUGUCUUGGAACCAUGCGUGAUGUAAACCCACAGACCGAGCUAUGUACCGAGGCUCAGACUACAGGAGAAUCUCCAAAGCAUAGCGCCCACAUCACCCACACCCAGGAGGGAAAUCUGACUUUAGUUCUGGUGCCUGCUGUCGCUGCCGGUAUCCUACUCUUGGUUGUCAUAGUCAGCGCAGUCUGCUAUACACGGAGACGCAGAGAGAAGGCGCACAAUGGUGAGAACGGAGGUCCGCUGGAGCUGGAAGGUGUUAAAACGGCAUUUGAAGAGAAAGAAGAGUUAAAGAAACUACCCGAGAGUCCAAGCGGCCUCGAAAGAGGUGUGGAGUCCGAUGAGCCUCUCAUGCACAGGGUCGCAAAUAACAAUGACGCACCAACAGGUCGGAUUCCACACUCUUACUUUUAGGCUGUAGACCGACGCCAAAACUUAUGGACCCUUACACACUCCCAGUACCAGGCAAUGGGAAUUCCCAAGAGAUCUCUCAUACGGGCAAGUCUGAGCUUGCUGGGAGUCCUGCCGAGAUGACAGCUGUGCUGUCUAAGCUUUUUGGGCAGCGGACAACAAAGGAAGGGCUCAAAAUCUUGGAGUUCCAAAAUACAAAUGACGAGCUGGGGUAAUAAACAAACAGCCACCGCUCGUAUGUUUAAUAACAUUAUGGAGCCCGAAAGGCCCUGCGACCGAUGCGGCCUUUCUUACGGCAUCGGAGAGACAGAUGUUUCUAAGCUGGGAGGACGCUCAGGGCUGGGGCCCAGACUCAGGCCAGGAGAACCAGUGCCCUGAAAGCACAGCUUGGUUUGUGCCUACAGGCCACGCAGGGUCCUGGAGAGACAUUCCAGCUAAAAAAAAAGACAAAAAAACAACUUACAAACCUUCUAACACGGAGGGGCACUUACAUGACUGGACAGAACAGCAUUCCAUUACAUUGUUAAAACUUAAAAGCAUGCACCCUAAUUCUAUGAGGAUGAACAAUUUCUCCUGACAAAUGAACAUUAAUGUCAUGGAAAUUUGGGGAUGGCGGGGUACAAGGCGCCGAUUGCUGGACAAGGUGGCGCCAAUCCGUAAUAAUUGUCCGCCAUGUAAUAAAUAUUGAUUCUUUUUA